AAGAUGGCGGCGGCUGCGGUUUGAAUUCCAGCGGCGCCGCCAGAGUCCGAACAAGAGCUGCAUUGGAGGGGGCGGGGACCUGGAGAGCCUGGCGGGUCGCGACCGCGGGGGGAUCCAGUGGUGCCUUCACCAGACACACCAGUGCCAACACCCCUCCUGUGUCCAUGAUGGACUCGGUGUUGGAAGAGGACGUCACCCUCCCCGGGACGCUCAGCGGCUGCAGUGGCCUUGUUCCCAAGUUACCAGAUGACCUGGAAGGCAUCAGCCCCAUUGCUGGUUUGGGAAAUGGUGUGCUCCCAAAGGUGUCAGAAGAAACAGUGUCUCCCACCAGAGCACGGAACAUGAAGGACUUUGAAAACCAAAUCACUGAAUUGAAGAAAGAAAAUUUUAACCUAAAGCUUCGCAUCUAUUUCCUUGAGGAAAGGAUGCAACAGGAAUUUGAUGGCCCCACCGAGCACAUCUAUAAAACUAACAUCGAGCUGAAGGUGGAAGUAGAAAGUCUGAAGCGUGAGCUCCAGGAGAGAGAGCAGCUGCUCAUCAAAGCCUCCAAAGCAGUUGAGAGCCUUGCUGAGGGGGGCGGCUCUGAAGUUCGGCGGGUGAAAGAGGAUGCUCAGAAGAAGGUGAAGCAGGUCGAGGACCUCCUCACCAAACGGAUAUUCCUUUUAGAAGAGGAUGUGAAAGCUGCCCAAGCAGAACUGAAAAAGGCCUUGGCAGGGACAGCAGCGGAGAAGGCUCUGCGGUUAAGCUUGGAAAACAAGCUCUCGGAGAUGAAGAGGAUGCACGAGGGGAACGUGGACAUGGCUCUGGGCCUGGAGGAGAAAGACAGACUGAUUGAGGAGUUGAAGCUGUCUUUGAAGAGCAAAGAAGCUUUAAUUCAGUGCCUUAAAGAGGAGAAAUCUCAGAUGGUGUCUCCUGAUGAGAACAUGUCAUCGGGAGAGCUCCGAGGACCUUCUGCUGCUCUGAGGGAAGAGAAGGAGAGGGAGACUGAGGCUGCACAAAUGGAGCGCCAGACGGAAAGAAGUCGCCUUGAAGAGAGGAUCCAGGCACUUCAGGAGGACCUGAGAGAGAAGGAAAGAGAAAUUGCUACAGAAAAGAAAAAUAGUUUAAAGAGGGAUAAAGCCAUUCAGGGUCUAGCCAUGGCAUUAAAGUCAAAGGAAAAAGAGGCUGAAGAACUUCACUCUGAAAUUGAAGAGCUCAGUGCUGCCUUUGCUAAAGCUCAAGAGGCCCGCCAGGAAACCCAGGUCCAGAGAUCCCAGGGGCCCGGAGCUCAUGAAGCUGCUCUGUCGGAAGAGGCAGCCCUGUUGGCCGAGCUGCGCUCCGAAAACCUCACCACGAGCACGGAGAACCACAGGCUGCGCAGGGACAUUAAGAAGGUCUCCCAGGAGCUGAGCGACCUGCAGCAGGAGAAGGAGCGGCUAGAGAAGGACUUGCAGGCAGCCCACCGAGAGAAGAGCAAAGGAGACUGCACCAUCCACGACCUUAGAAACGAAGUUGAGAAGUUACGCAAUGAAGUAAACGAAAGAGAGAAAGCAGUGGAGAAUCGUUACAAGAGUCUGUUGAGUGAAAGUAAUAAAAAAUUACACAGUCAAGACCAGGUGAUCAGACAUUUAACAGAAAGUAUCAAUCAAAAGGACAAGGACUUGUUACUUCAGAAAUUCAAUGAAAAAGAUUCAGAAGCAAUACAGCAGAAUUGUUAUUUAACGACUGUGGAGGAUCUCAAAUUCAGGAAUGAAGACUUUGUAACAGAAAAGCGCUCUUCUCAACAGUCACCAGGCAGCAAAAUCAUCCUCUCUGAGGAAAAGCAACAAUUGGAGUAUGAAGAGCUGAUCCAGGUCUUAAAGAAAGAGCAGGACAUCUAUGCCCACUUGGUCAAAUCUCUGCAGGACUCAGACAGCGCCCACAGCCUGCAGGCUGAGUUGAACGACAUUGUGGCCCUGAGGAAGCAGCUGGAGCGGGACGUGCUCGCCUAUCAGAAUUUGAAAAAGACGCUGGAGGAGCAGAUCAGUGAAAUUCGGAGGCGGGAAGAAGAACCAUUUUCAUUUUAUAGUGAUCAAACAUCUUAUCUGAGUAUUUGCCUUGAAGAGCACAAUCGGCUUCAAGUGGAGCAUUUUUCUCAAGAAGAACUUAAGAAAAAGGUCAGCGACCUCGUGCAACUAGUGAAGGACCUGUAUACAGACAACCAGCACCUGAAGAAAGCCAUUUUUGAUCUCUCCUGCUUGAGUUUCCAGGGGGGUGGCAGGCUUGAGUCAACAGAACAAAUGGAGCUUCCAGCCAGCAAGGAGUACGAGGACAAGAUCAGAAUUGGCAAGGAUGACGAGAAUAAUUCCCUGAGUGACAAGCAUUCGGAGCAGAGUACCAAGAUUAUUGAGGACUAUUCCAAAGGGGGCUGCAAAAAUGGAUAUUUAAGGCUCACGGAUUCCAAUAUUUUAGACCAUGAUGGAGCCCGCACACCUGGCUGCCCUGGAGACCAGAGUCUAGAGGAAGGCGAGCUCAUGAACCUCCUUGCCCCUUUCUUCAACGAGAAGGCCGCAUUGUUACUGGACUCCAGGCCAGACCUUCUCAAAGGGCUACGUGAACUGCUUCUGGAACGAAUACGCUUGCCAGAGCAGGAAGUUUCCGGAGACCACCCUGAUGGGACAACCGAGAAGACACUUAAGGAGAUGGCUGUACAGCUAAGAGGUGAACUCGGACAGUUCCUCCAAGCCAACUCAUUUUCCAAGCCCUGUGGUGACCCGGAGUCGCCUUGGGGAGUCCGGCUGUUGAAGGCCGCUGAGCUGGCCAAGGUGGAGCUGAAAGAUGCCUCGGUGCAGACCGCGGCCAUGGAAGGCAACACGCUCAGAUUCAGCCACGAGGGCAGGAGAGAGGCUUGGGCAGCGACACGGACAGACGCCGCAGCGUUCAGCACCGAGCAUCAGCCGGAGACCUUGGGCGGGACGCCAGGGCGGCAGGCCACCCCCGCUUCCUUCCUCCCUGGGACUGACAGGGAUGCUAAGAAGUCCCGCUUGCCCAUCCUGAUGAAGCCGUCCGCAUCAUUAGGAAGUGUGUACUGGCUCCCUGCCACACAGGAGGUGGUGGCCCAGCUGCAGGGCCAGGUCCUGGAGCUGCAGGGGGAGCUGAAGGAGUCUAAGAUUCGCAAUAAGCAACUUCACCAAAAGUUAAUUCUGGCUGAAGCAAUGAUGGAGGGGAGCCCAGUGCCAGACAAAACGCUCCUGAAAGACUCCAACACUGACCAGCCCAAUGGCCUUGCCAUCUCGCCAACAUGCAAAGAGGAUCCUGAAGAUUUUCAGGGCCCAACUUCAGUGGCUGCUUACCUGGCUUCCACGAGUCCGCUUUCUGCUAGAGGCAGUGCGGUUGGAACCGAUCAGUCUAAGGACAUCGAUACUUCAGAUGAUACUGAAAACUUAAAACAGAGAAUCUGUGACUUGGAAACUGAGCUUGAGGGCUACCGGAAUUUCGUAUUUCAGCUUCAAAAGCACUCCCAGUGCAGCGAGGCCAUUAUCACAGUUGUGUGUGGGACAGAAGGGGCCCAGGACAGCCCCAACAAGCCCAAGGGUGGUGCUGAUGAAGAAGAACUGACCUUUGCCAGCUUGCACCAAGUACGUUUUGUGAAACACAUGAAAGUCCUCCACCCGCCGGCCCCAGAGAUGACUGAUGGCGGGGUGCUGGGAAGCCUCGAGCAACAGCCAGAGGAACAGGAUUAUGGGCUGCAGGAGGAGCAGAAUUUGAACAUGGAACUUUUCAGUGAAAUCCAUAACCUGCAGAAUAAGUUCAGAGAUCUCUCGCCCUCGAGAUACAAUUCAUUAGUGCAGUCCCAGGCCAGGGAGCUCUCCCUUCAACGGCAGCAGAUGAAGGAUAGCCAUGACAUCUGCGUCAUUUAUCGUCAGCGCAUGAGCACCAUGAUUAAGGCGUUUGAGGAGCUGCUGCAGGCCAGCGACGUGGACCGCUACGUGGCCGAGGGCUUCCGGGAACAGCUGAACCAGUGUGCGGAGCUGCUGGAGAAACUGGAAAAGCUGUUUCUCAACGGAAAAUCAGGAGGAGCGGAAAUUAGCACCCAGAAUGAACGGAUGGAGAGGGUUGAGGAAGACAGCUUAACCUACCAACACAUUCUGCCCGAGUCCCCUGAGCCUUCAGACUCUCAUGCGUUGUCCGAUGGGGACAUGUCCGAUAAAUCCUCCUGCUCCCGAGACCAGAAGCAGGACAGCGAGACCGAGAAGACUUCAGUCGUGGCGAACAACUUUUCUCAAGACCUACUAAUGGAACAUAUACAAGAAAUUCGAAGUUUGAGAAAACGUUUAGAAGAAUCUAUAAAGACAAAUGAGAAACUACGGAGACAGCUGGAACGGCAAGGGUCUGAAUUUGAUCAAGGUUCUUCAAAUAUUUUUGUUUGUGGUUCAGAGCUGCAUAACUCUCUGACAUCAGAAAUUCGUUUCCUGAGGAAGCAGAACCAGGCCCUCAAUGCGAUGCUUGCCAAAGGAUCCAGAGAUAAACAGAAGGAGAAUGAAAAAUUACGAGAGUCCCUCUCCAGGAAGACUGCGAACCUUGAGCACCUCCAGCGAGAGUUUGCCUGUGCGAAGGCGGAGAACGAAAGGCUGCAGCGGGAGGCGGGCCAGAGGGAGAGGCACAGCCAGCAGCUGCUGCAGGAGCUCUGUGAUGGCCGCAGCGAGCUGAGCAGGGUGCGGGAGGAGCUGAAGUGGGGGCAGCAGCUGCUCUCACAGAACGACAAGAUACUCCAGUCGCUGCGAGUGGAGCUGAAGGGGUACGAGAAGCUGGACGAGGAGCACAGGAUCCCCAGAGAGUCCAGAGCAGAGGCGUCAGGAGAAGGCGGGAAGGGACAGGACCCUUUCAGUGACCUGCAUGACCUCCUGAGAGAGAUCCGGGCCCUGCGGACACAGCUGGAAAGGAGCAUCGACACCAACAGCGCGCUGCGGGGCCGGCUCGAGGAGCAGCUGGCGAAGGGCGCGGGCAAGACCCAGGACGCAGCUCUCAUUCUGGCUCUGCAAGCCCUACCCACGCGCGAGCCCCUUCAGCCAGACAAGCCCGAUGGUAACAGAUGUGCCGUGGCAACUGACAGUUCCUGCGAUCUGCUUGACUCCACCCUGGAAGUGCCCCCGAGAUCAGCUCCAAAGACUCCUCCACUCUCUAGAAAUGACAGGGACUCCCUGUCCUGUGACAGUGGCAGCUCCACCACCAGCACCCCGCGCUUGUCUCACUUGGUCCCUGACCACCACCCGUGGGCCAGCAAGAGCGGCUGCCACGUCCUGGGCCUGAUUGAGGACUACAAUGCCCUGUGUGAGCACAUUGGCCAGGGCCAGAAGCUCCUUGCUGAGAUGGACAUUCAGAUCCAAGAAGCUCCCAGCCCCUCAGGUCGAGAGCUGGGAACAAAGGGUCUGCACCCGGCGCCCCUGAGCAGGCUGGUCGCUGGCCUGAGCAGAGCCAAGCUGACCCUAGAAGAGGCUGCGCGGUUACUGACACUUCUCUGGAGAGUCUCAGUCCCCUCAGACGGCCAGUACACACUUCACUGUGAACAGACUGGAGAAAUGAAGGCAGAGAUCACCAAGCUACAUAAAAAAUUAUUUGAACAAGAAAAGAAGUUGCAGAACACCAUGAAGCUUUUGCAGCUAAGCAAGCACCAGGAAAAAGUCAUCUUUGAUCAGCUGGUCGUGACCCACAAAAUCCUUCGGAAGGCCAGAGGAAACCUGGAGCUGAGGCCCGGGGGUGCCCAUCCAGGAACAUCCAGCCCCAGCAGACCAGGCUCCUGAGAGCUCUGACAAUAAAGCCG